AUGGCUUCUCAACCUCCUUUCAAAACAAAUUUCUCUUCGAUUUUCGGAAGUCCCUAUUCGGGAUCAACUAAUGAUAACAAUACGGACACAACAACCGUCCAUACCGGAGGACUAAAGCUUCCGGUGAUCGAUCUUAGUCAUCUAACAAAUGGCGAAGAAAUCGAACGCAAAAGAUGUGUGAAACAAAUGGUGGAGGCAGCGAAAGAGUGGGGAUUUUUUCAAAUUGUAAACCAUGGGAUUCCUAAAGAAGUCUUUGAGAUGAUGUUUCUCGAAGAGAAGAAACUCUUUGACCGUCCUUUUUCUGAGAAAGUCCGAGAAAAUUUCUCGGACUUAUCGAAGAAUUGUUACCGAUGGGGAAACCCUAAUGCCACUUCUCCAGCUCAGUACUCCUUGUUGGAAGCGUUUCACAUCACUCUUGCAGAGAUCUCGUGUUUAUCUGAUAAUCACAACAAUCUAAGAACAACCGUUGAAAUGUAUGUGCAAGAGAUAGCUCGAGUGGCACAAAUGAUAUGCGAGAUACUGGUGAAAAAACUGAAAGUGAACUCGAACUAUUUCGAAAACAUCCGUGAGCUAAAAAACAGUUUUCUAAGGCUUAAUAAGUACCAUCCUUCUGUUCUUGGUUCGGAAGUGUUUGGUUUGGUUCCUCAUACCGAUACAAGUUUUAUCACUAUACUCUUUCAAGAUCGAAUCGGAGGAUUAGAAUUGAAGAAAAAUGGACAAUGGAUUCGCGUAAAACCGUCCUCGGAGGCUCUAACUGUGAACAUCGGCGAUAUGUUUCAGGCACUGAGUAAUGGAUUGUAUCAGAGCGUGAAACAUAGAGUGAUUUCCCCGGUAAACAUCGAGAGAUUGUCGAUAGCUUUUUUCGUAUGUCCUUAUCUAGAAACCGAGCUCGAAUGCUACGGGAAUCCAAAGAAGUAUAGAAGAUUCAGCUUCAGGGAGUACAAAGAGCAGAGUGAACGUGAUGUUAAAGAAACUGUAACUCGGGAACUAAAGCUAAAGAACGAUCUUGCUGAUGCCACGGAGUGUUUCAAUGGCUCAAAGGUUAAGCGUGCUCCUUUCUUGUUUUCAUGGCUUGUGAAUCUUCCCAAUGUGUCUAAGCAUUUUCAAAGAAACAGCACUCUAAAAGUAAAAUCUUCAAAUGUGUUCCUUAUGGAACUUAUACGAAAAUGUCUGCUCUUGGGAGCCUUAGGAUACAGGCCAGCAUUCUUACUCGCGGAGACUGUAGGAGACCAUGUCUUGAGAGAGAAGCUCAAAAAACUUUCCCUCAUACGUAGUAGUAUUUCAUUGGAACAGAGUUGUACUCUUGUAACCACUCCUACGACUCUCCUUGAGCAAGAGAAGAAUCUCGGUACUAGUGUUGGCAAGGCAAUCGACUUUAUCAAAGCUCAAGUCUCAAAGAAGAAAGGUAAUGAGACAGAGAAAACCAAUAUGAGAUGGAGAAAGGCGAAAACGUGGAGCCCCUUUUUUCACAUCGUGCCGGAACGUGUGGGAAGACGCAUAGAAUCUGCAAAAGGCAAACUUAGAGUUGGCCUCAAGCUCUUAGUCGAGGAGGGGAGUAAAUGA